AUGGAGGAGGCCUCGACUGCAGUCGAGCUGUUCUCACACAUUCGGAGGCUCCGGAUCGGGGCUGCGGUGGUGUCAAGCCUGGAUGCGGCUUUGAGCAGUCAUCUAGAUGCGGCCGCCAGAAGCAACAGCACUUCAAGUGGCGGCACCAGACGAAGUGGGCUUUGUAGGAGCCGCAGUCGGCGCCCGGGGCCGCAUCAGCAAGCCCAGCUCGGGCAGAUGCUGAGACACCAUCGGGAUGAGCAGAGAUCCUGGUUGAAAGCCAGCUGGAGCGCCUGGAGAGCGCGCUCCGCUUGGACGCAGGUCAUGCACUUGUUGCAAGUGGACCUUGGUCGCGCCGAGGCAAAGCUGCAAUGCUGGCACCGCUGGUGCAAAGCGGUGCAAGUGGCUCGUCGCGAAGAGUUGCGAGCUGCCAUGAUGGCAGACCUGCUCGCUGUUCGCGAACACAGCCAGGAGGCACUUCAGGAGUCCUCUCGGUGCAUAGCGGAGGAAAAGAGUCUCCAUUUGAAGAGACUUGAAAAUCGUUUACUUCGAGGACAAAGACAUCUCCUCAGGCUCCGAUGCUGGCGGAGUUGGAAGAAGCAGGCAUUUCUCAGCCGAAAGGUGGCGAUUAGCAGUCGCAGAAAGGACAGUCUCUGCAGCGCGAUGCAGAGACAAUCAGACUCGGCAAAGCUCCGAGCAAUUCAUCGCGCUUGGUGCGAGCUGGCUGCAGUUUGCAAGCGGCAACGCCAGGACGUGACCUGCUUCGUCAAAUUCAAGACUCUGCAUUUCCGCUGUGAGAAGAAAAACUUUCAGGAAUUCGUGUGCUUAACUUGGUUCCUGGCAAUGCGCAGGACUCAAAUCAGACGGCAAAAGCUGCUAAACCAUCAUGAGCAGCGACUUCUUCGAGCAAUGCGAGCAAUGUCGGCGCAGCGAUCAGCAGCAUUGAUCCAGCACUGCACACUUGUGCACGUGCUUCGCUCUUGGCGCUGGGCAAAAGAGGAACAGACACUGCUCGACCGUGCAGCGAGCGCGAGGCGAGAGGAGGCCUGCCAUGGGCUGAUUAGCAUAGUGAAAAAGUUGGAGCUCUCAAGAGCCACGCUUGCAUGUUGCCUGCUCCAAUGGUCGCGACUGCGUUUCUCAGGGCGUUUCGAUCCCGGAUCAGCCCUGCACGAGGCGAGCUGGGUGCAGAAGCUGAGGUCUUGCCUGGAGGUGGAGUUCGAAGCGGAGAUCGAAGAGAAGCGUCGGCUGCAGGAAAGCAUCCUGAGCACUCAGCGAUCGGAACAGCUGAAGCGAUUUGAGGCUGGCAUGUGCCUUCUCGAAAUCCUCUGGCGAAAGCAGACGGCCGCUGCAAAGCACAGCAGCCUAAGCCAAUGGCGCCUUUGGAAUGCUGGCAUGGAGAUCGCCAUGCUCGCUGGCCACGCGGAGGAGCAGUCGAGCCGACUCCUAGAUCUCGAAGAGGAGGUCAGACCAAUGCAGCGUGAAGCAAGGGCACUGCGCGUGCUCUGCGCCAACGCUAUUCUCCGGCGUCUUCGAUUCUGGCGUCUAGGCUUCUGCCGCGAGGUUCUCGCGAUUUGGGCCUGCAGCUCACGAAAAGAAGCGCGAGAAGUCGAUCGCGAGGCAGAUGCCCUCAUGAGACAGGUGAAGAAUGGAACGCGUCUUCCGAUCUCCUCCUCAGUGAAUGCUCUUCUGGGCACGAAAGACGUGGAGCGGCUCAAGCACUUCGUAUUGGAGGCAUGGCUCAAGGCUGCCGAGGAUCUGCGGCACCAUGCCACCCUUCAGGAGCUGCAGGAGGGAACGCAGCUCGCCGAGUCAAGGCUCACCGAAGAGAGUGCACGCGCUCGUCAGCGUGCUUCCAGGGCAGUUUUAGCGUGGAUCACACAGCAAGACGUCCUCGGCGGGAGCAUGCAGGCCGAGGACGUGCGGGCCGUGCUUCAAGGGUGGGCCUUGGCAGUGGCGGAAGGUUUGCAGAGCAAGUUAAAACACUUCAGAAAGCAGCGGGCAGAGGUCGAGAUUACGAAUCUCUGUUUGAAGACCGGCGAGUGGUUGGAUCAGCUCGCCCUCUGCAAAGCACUGCAAUGCUGGCAGCUGGCCGUCCAAACUCAGAUCACCUGGCAUCGGCAUUCAGAACUUGAGGUGGCGGAGCACCGAGUGGUCCGUCAUGCUAGAAGCCUUCGAAAGGUUGCCCACGUUCAGUCCAGUUUGGAUGAUUUCCGGCAUGGUGUCUGCUGUGUCCGGGUUUGUUUCGGGGCCUGGGCUCGAAGCGCAGCGCUGCUCACGGCACAGAAGGUGAUCGAGACAGCUCGGAAGCAAGUCGAGCGCCAGCAGUUGACAUCCAUGGACAUGCUGCGCGGGGAGAAGGUGCGGAUGGCAGACACCGUGUCUUUGUCGAUGUCUGCGACUUUCGGUGCACGAGACGCUUCGGACAGUUGUUCGUCUGGACGUUUGCUUGUAAAACGUUGCUUUCCCUGGUGGAGACGCCAGGCUGCUUACAUGGCUGCGAAACAGCGCAUUCUGCGAAGAGAAGCAUCGAACCUGAAGCUUCAGGAGGACAUGCGUCGCUGUGGUGAGGCAAAUCAACGCCGCUGGGCAUCCUGGGCUGCCAGCUCCAAGCUACGGCGGCAACACUGGCAACACGUACGUGAGGCUUUCGAGGCUUGGAGUCAAGUGACUGCCAGGCCAUCAGAGGACGACCCCCACGCCAGGACGCUCUUCUCGGCAGAGCAGGCUCUGUCCAGGCAGCCCUUCACUGGGCGGGUAGUCUUUGCGGCUUGGCGGCGAAUCAGCCAAGAGGAGAAGGCGAUGAGCCUCGAGAAGGAGACGCGAGAACUGGAGGCGCAGCUUGCAAGGGCCGCAUGCGAAAAAGCCUUGUCAGUGUCGGAUCCCCGAUGUCACGAGAUUGCCAUGAGCGAUGCCCAGGUAAAGCUGAAGUCGAGGGUCACAGAGCCGAGAUGGGCGGCUAUCUGA